AUGACAGACACUGAAAUUGAUACUACCCUGAAACAUCUGCAAACACUUUUCAAUUUCACAACAACAACAACAACAACCGACAAUGCUUUGGGCACCAUUGACUUUCUGCAACAACACCUCCAUUCGGACCAAGCAACACUGAAAGCAAUCAUCAAAAGACAACCAUUGUUAUUGGGUUUUCAAGCAUCCACAUUGAGGGAAAAAUUAGAUUGGAUGCAGGAGACAUUUGGGUGGAAUCGGAAGGAGCUUUUGAAGGUUGUGUCCAAAAAACCAGUUCUCUUGAGCCUUUCCAUCCAUGACACUCUGCAGCCAACACUGGAUUGGUUUCAAGAAACACUCAACAUGACAAAUCCAAAGCUCCUCUCCAAAGUGUUAAAGACAUAUCCAUAUCUUUUGUUGUCGAACAACACAGACAGUUUGGCUGGUUUGGCUGAAAAGGCAGAGUGGCUACAAAAGCGGUUAGAACUGGAGACAACAGAGGAAAUCUCCAAAGUCAUUGGGAAAAAGCCAGAAAUCAUUGGCUAUUCAAUGGAUGCAAUGGACUUGAGAAUCAAGUGGCUACAAAAAAGCCUGGACUUUACUGACAGUGAAACUGCCAAGCUUAUUUGGAAGGACCCAUCCCUACUUGGAAAGAGCCCAGAGAAGAAUCUGGAGCCAACACUUAACUGGCUUGUGCAUCGGUUUGGCCAUGAAACAGCCAAAAAGGUGGUUUCACGCCUUCCCUCUGUGUUGGGUCGUAGUAUCCAAGACUCACUUGAGCCAAAGCUAGAGUAUCUCCAAACGAAGUUCCAACUCGAUGAAGAAGGUGUCUUGAAUAUGAUUGGGAAGCUGCCGACUCUCUUCAGUGUGAGCUGCAGUAACAUUGACAAUACACUACAGUUCUACACCGAACGCUAUGGAGAAGACAAGGUACUUCAACAUGUGAUUGGAAAUCCAGCAUAUUUGGGUGCUAGCUUGAAGAAACGACUAUUGCCACGGUGGGAGCAAGCUGUUGAGUUGGGGUUUGCAGCAGAGGUACCCAUAUUUGUGCUUGCAGCGCAUACACCAAAAAAGUGGGCUAUAUUUGUGGAAUCAAAGACUGCAGAUAAAGUUGUGGCUGCAAACUGA